AUGGUUUCUGAUGUGCUCUGUGUUACAGUGGUACAGGGUCAGAAUGACUGGGGAGUGACUUACACUUCUACUAAGAUCUGUGCCUUAAAAGGAUCAACAUUGGACAUAAAAUGCACCUACAGAUACCCAUCCAGAGUAAAUAACCGUGAUACUGCAGUUGAUAAAACACUGUGGUUUAGUAAAUUGAGUAAUAAUGAACCUGUGGAUCUGAGAACAGACUCAGAGUACGCCAGUCGUGUGCAGUAUCACUGUGAUAAGAACGACUGCACUCUGAGAAUCACAGACCUGAGAGAGAGAGACUCAGCUGAGUACAAGUUCAUGUUCACAACAAACCAACCAGGAAGGAGAUAUACUGGUUCACCUGGAGUCACUUUGACUGUCACAGAUUUCUGGGUGCAGGUGAUCCAAUCAACACACUCCUCGAAUGCCAGGGAAAGGUUGGAGUGUAACAGCAGUUGUCAUCUAUCUGAUCAUUCUUCCUUCAUCUGGUACAAAAAUGGACAGAAGAGUUAUAGAGGAAUAUCUCCUCCUUAUUCAUCCAAUGUCAAUCAUGCAGACAGCUAUUCCUGUGCUGUUACAGGAUAUGAGAAUUACCGCUCUCUUCCAGUUUAUGCACCAAACUCCUCCUCUGUGUCAGUGAGUACCUCUGCUGAGAUAGAGGAGGGUAGUUCAGUGACUCUGACCUGUAGCAGUGAUGCUAACCCAGAAGCUAACUACACCUGGUACAAGAGUCGAGGUCCUAAAGUUAUCUCAGGAGGUCGACAGUUUGUCUUCAAGUCCAUCAAGUCCUCUGACUCUGGAGAAUAUUACUGUAUAGCUGAGAACGAGCUGGGGAAGAAGACAUCUGAUUACACCUCCAUAAAUGUGAAACUGGUACAGGGUCAGAAUGACUGGGGAGUGACUUACACUCCUACUCAGAUCUGUGCCUUAAAAGGAUCAACAGUGGACAUAAACUGCACCUACAGAUACCCAUCCAGAGUAAAUAAUGUUGAUACUGCAGUUGAUGAAACAAUCUGGUUCACUAAAUUGAGUAAUAAUGAACCUGUGGAUCUGAGAACAGACUCAGAGUACACAGGUCGUGUACAGUAUCACUGUGAUAAGAACGACUGCACUCUGAGAAUCACAGACCUGAGAGAGAGAGACUCAGCUGAGUACAAGUUCAUGAUCACAACAAACCAACGAGGAGGGAAAUAUGCUGGUUCACCUGGAGUCACUUUGACUGUCACAGAUCUCCAGGUGCAGGUGAUCGGAGCAACAGACUGCAAAGCCCGUACCUACAGCUAUUCCUGUGCUUUGAAAGGACAUGAGAUGUCCUCCUCUCCUUCACUGUAUGCACGUCUGACUCCUUCAGUAUCAGUGAGUCCCUCUGGUGAAAUCAUUGAGGGCAGUUCAGUGACUCUGAUCUGUAGCAGUGAUGCUAACCCAGCAGCUAAAUACACCUGGAAGAAGAAGAAUGGAAAUCCAGACCUUCAACCUCUCAGUAAAGAACCACAGCUUGUCUUCAGCUCCAUCCAGUACUCUGACUCUGGAGAGUAUUACUGUACAACUGAGAGCAGGAUGGGGAAGAAGACAUCUGAAAACAUCUCUAUUGAUGUGAAAUAUGCACCAAAAUCCUCCUCUGUGUCAGUGAGUACCUCUGGUGAAAUUGAGGAGGGCAGUUCAGUGACUCUGACCUGUAGCAGUGAUGCUAACCCGGAAGCUAAAUACACCUGGUACAAGAGUACAGGUCCUAAAUUUAUCUCAGGAGGUCGGCAGCUUGUCUUCAAGUCCAUCCAGUCCUCUGACUCUGAAUAUUAUUACUGUACAGCUGAGAACCAGCUGGGGAAGAGGACAUCUGAUUACACCUCCAUUAAUGUGAAACUGGUACAGGGUCAGAAUGACUGGGGAGUGACUUACACUUCUACUCAGAUCUGUGCCUUAAAAGGAUCAACAGUGGACAUAAACUGCACCUACAGUUACCCAUCCAGAGUAAAUAAUGUUGAUACUGCAGUUGAUGAAACACUCUGGUUUACUAAAUGGAGUAAUAAUGAACCUGUGGAUCUGAGAACAGACUCAGAGUACGCAGGUCGUGUGCAGUAUCACUGUGAUAAGAACGACUGCACUCUGAGAAUCACAGACCUGAGAGAGAGAGACUCAGCUGAGUACAAGUUCAGGUUCACAACAAACCAACCAGGAGGGAGAUAUAUGGGUUCAGCUGGAGUCACUUUGACUGUCACAGAUGCUCCAAAGCUUCCCUCUGUGUCAGUGACUCCCUCUGCUGAGAUAGUGGAGGACAGUUCAGUGAAUCUGACCUGUAGCAGUGAUGCUAACCCAGCAGCUAAUUACACCUGGUACAAGGAGAAUGUAAAUCCAGACCUUCAACCUCUCAGUAAAGAACCACAGCUUGUCUUCAGCUCCAUCCAGUCCUCUGACUCUGGAGAGUAUUACUGUACAGCUGAGAACCAGCUGGGGAAGAAUACAUCUAAAUACAUUAUUGAUGUGAAAUAUGCCCCAAAGCUUCCCUCUGUGUCAGUGAGUCCCUCUGCUGAAAUCAUUGAGGGCAGUUCAGUGAAUCUGACCUGUAGCAGUGAUGCUAACCCAACAGCUAAUUACACCUGGUACAAGGAGAAUGAAGACUCACCAAAAGCAUCAGGACAGAUAUUCAACAUCACUGACUUCAGACCUGAACACAGUGGGAAUUAUUACUGUGAAGCCCAGAACAGAAGAGGACGUCAUAACUCCACCUUACAUCUGAUUGCUGUGAAAGGGAAAUCAGUGUUUAUAAUCAACAUCAUCAGGUUGAUUCUGGCAGUCCUGAUACUGAUUCUUCUGCUUCUAUUGAUUCUGUGGAUGAGGAAGAAGAAAACUCUGGGCUCCACCACUAAACUGAAUGAACCUGUAGAGACUAUAGAGGUGAAGCUCUCAGUUUACCAGUCUACGUUCAAACCCUCACCUAUGGUCACAAGAUCACAGAAGAUGAGCAUCUCAACAGACAACAUCCUUCUCUGCUUGGUACAGGGUCAGAAUGACUGGGGAGUGACUUACACUUCCACUAAGAUCUGUGCCUUAAAAGGAUCAACAGUGGUCAUAAACUGCACCUACAGAUACCCAUCCAAGAUAAAUAAUGUUGAUACUGCAGUUGAUGACACAUUCUGGUUUGCUAAAUUGAGUAAUUAUGAACCUGUGGAUCUGAGAACAGACUCAGAGUACGCAGGUCGUGUGCAGUAUCACUUUGAUAAGAACGACUGCACUCUGAGAAUCACAGACCUGAGAGAGAGAGACUCAGCUGAGUACAAGUUCAGGUUCACAACAAACCAACCAGGAGGGAGAUAUACUGCUUCACCUGGAGUCACUUUGACUGUCGCAGAUGCACCAAAAUCUUCCUCUGUGUCAGUGAGUCCCUCUGGUGAAAUUAAGGAGGGCAGUUCAGUGACUCUGACCUGUAGCAGUGAUGCUAAUCCAGCUGCUAAUUACACCUGGUACAAGGGAACAUAUAGAGAUCCAAAAUUCAUCUCAGGAGGUCGACAGCUUGUCUUCAGCUCCAUCCAGUCCUCUGACUCUGGACAAUAUUGCUGUAGAGCUGAGAACGGGCUGGGGAAGAGCACAUCUGAAUCCACCUUCAUGAAUGUGAAAUGUGAGUAA